AUGACUUCAGUUGACUUUUAUAGCUUCAAUGAGCUUUCAAUUAUUUCACUAUGCUCCAAAACAAAAAGUCUCCAAUUUUUAAGUCCCAUUCUCCCCUUGCUCUCAUGUCAUUGCCAAACUUCAAAUUUCAAACCCAGCUAUGCCAACCUUAAUUUGAUGGGCCUUGUUAGGCUGUUAGGCCUAGUUCAAUCUCAGAUGCUCAAAUAUUUCUAUUAUCUUGCCAACAGGGUUGAAGAGAUGGUCUGUGACCUUUACAUCUGCAAAUCCUUCUUCAAUGUGCAAACUAGGUGGCUGAAGAGUCUGUUGUCCCUGAGUAGGAGAUCUGGAUGCUCAAAGGGGUGCUUGAGGGAGGUGAAGACCCUGACAUAUGAUGAGUGCCUCACUGGUAAUUUCUUGGCAAUGCCCUCAAUUCCUGCUGACCCUCCUGUGAAGGCUGCUGUCCCAGAUGAUCCUUCUAUGGAGGUUUCCAUUCCUGAGGUGCUGCCUGCAGAAGCCGUCACUGAGGAUCCCAGGUAUAACUAUGGUAUGGUCACUUCAGUCACCCAUUUUUGGGUACCUAUGAGGUUAUCCUUGAAAUAG